UCCAGCAGUCUGACAACUGAUGCUGGCUAUGGAAGCCUGGGCUGAGAGGGACUGGACAGCGACGUCUCAGCAUUGCUAAGGCACAUCCACAGCUGCUGCUUACACUUGUGCUGUGAGAAUUGUGUGAUCUGCUUGCUGAAACAAAGAUUGCUCUUGUGCUGCUGGCAAUCCUACAGCCUGCAAGGCAGGACUGAGAGGAAGACAAGCUUUGGGUUAUCUGGCUUGAUUUGUGGGCUGGAAACAUUGUAUCUUUCGAAAGUUUAACAUGGCUCUGAUUAUGGAACCUGUCAGCAAAUGGUCUCCCAGUCAAGUAGUGGAUUGGAUGAAAGGGCUGGAUGACUGCUUGCAACAGUAUAUAAAAAAUUUUGAGCGGGAAAAGAUUGCAGGAGACCAGUUACUGCGAAUUACCCACCAGGAGUUAGAAGAGCUGGGGGUCACCAGGAUUGGGCACCAAGAACUCAUUCUGGAAGCAGUAGACUUGCUCUGUGCGCUGAAUUAUGGUCUAGAAACAGAAAACCUGAAAACACUUUCUCACAAAUUAAAUUCUUCUGCCAAAAACCUGCAGAAUUUUAUAACAGGAAGAAGGAGAAGUGGCCAUUAUGAUGGCAAAAGUAGCAGGAAGUUACCAAAUGACUUCCUGACCUCUGUAGUGGAUCUGAUUGGGUCUGCCAAAAGCCUACUUGCCUGGUUGGAUAGGUAUUGCCACGCUGAUCAGGAUGACAUUGAUAACCUAAAAAAAAGAUGGAUAGGGCAUAAACUGGAUAAAUCACCUUUUGCUGCUGUGACUGAUUACUCUGUUACAAGAAAUAAUGUUAUUCAGCUGUGCUUGGAAUUAACAACAAUUGUUCAGCAGGAAUGUACAGUAUAUGAAACAGAAAACAAAAUUCUUCAUGUGUGCAAAACCCUAUGUGGCGUUUGUGAUCACAUUAUCUCACUCUCAUCUGACCCACUGGUUUCCCAGUCUGCUCAUCUGGAAGUAAUACAGCUCUCUAACAUCAAGCCAAGCGAAGGACUGGGGAUGUAUAUAAAAUCAACAUAUGACGGACUUCAUGUGAUUACUGGAACAACUGAAAAUUCUCCUGCCGACCGAUGCAAGAAAAUCCAUGCAGGGGAUGAAGUUAUUCAAGUUAACCAUCAAACUGUGGUGGGGUGGCAGUUGAAAAAUUUGGUGAAUGCACUGCGAGAGGACCCGAGUGGUGUUAUCUUAACUUUGAAAAAGCGACCUCAGAGCAUGCUUACCUCAGCGCCAGCUUUACUGAAAAAUAUGAGAUGGAAACCCCUUGCUCUGCAGUGGUAUGAUGAUGAAAUGAAAACUUAUUCCUGGACACGUUUAUCACCUCUUAUUUCAAGGAGCCCCACGAGCAGUGUAGCUACUCCUUCAAGCACAAUCAGCACUCCAACUAAGAGAGACAGCUCUGCGCUACAGGACCUAUUCAUCCCCCCUCCUCCUGCAGAACCAUACACACCAAGGGAUGAAAAGGGAAAUUUGCCUUGUGACGAUAUGAGCCGACACAUUGUUGGAAAACCCGUGUCUAAGGGAUCAGAGUCUCCAAACUCAUUUCUAGACCAAGAAUAUAGAAAACGGUUUAAUGUUGUUGAAGAAGAUGCUAUCCUAUACUGCUACGAAUACGACAAAGGAAGGAACAGCAUGCAAGGCCGGAGGGAAAGCACUCCUACAUAUGGCAAACUGCGACCAAUCUCAAUGCCUGUUGAAUACAACUGGGUAGGGGACUAUGAAGAUCCCACUAAAAUGAAACGUGAUAGUAGAAGAGAAAGCUCAUUACUACGAUACAUGACUAAUGACAAAAUAAUCCAAGAGGAACUUAUGUUACAACAAAGGAGUACCAAAAAGGAAACGGGAAAGAAAUCAAGAAAGAAGGCAGAGAAGAAAAGUCCAACUCACUAUGGUCUGCUCACAGGAGUUCAGAUGGAUUCACUUCAACAGGAUGUAGUCAGUCCAUCAGUAUCCGACACUGCAUCAUACCAAACAUUUCAACAAUCGUCUUUGCAGCAUAAAUCCAAGAAAAGGAACAAAGGUUCUGUUCCCGGCAAAAGUAAAAGACGUAUAUCGUGCAAGGACUUGGGACGAGGUGAUUGUGAAGGAUGGCUUUGGAAAAAGAAAGAUGCAAAAAGCUACUUCUCCCAGAAAUGGAAAAAGUAUUGGUUUGUUCUAAAAGAUAGCUCUCUCUAUUGGUAUACGAACGAAGAGGAAGAAAAAGCAGAGGGAUUUAUUAGCCUACCAGAAUUUAAAAUUGAUCGAGCCACUGAGUGCCGUAAGAAAUUUGCAUUUAAAGCAUGCCAUCCGAAGAUCAAAAGCUUUUAUUUUGCUGCUGAUAAUUUAGAUGACAUGAACAGAUGGCUUAACAGAGUAAAUCUGGCGGCUUCUGGCUCUGCAGAACGAGAACGUGUAAAACAGGAUCAAAGUAGCUUAAAUUAUUGGAGUGAGAGUGACCAAGAAGAAGUUGACACACCAUCAACGCCCAAACAAGACAGUCCACCACCACCUUAUGACACAUAUCCUAGGCCAGCCUCGAUGAGUUGUGCCAGCCCUUUUGUGGAACCAAAACACAGUCGACUGUCUUCCACGGAAACAUCACAAUCACAGUUAUCACAUGAGGAGUAUCGACAGGAAGCAAUUGGAAGCACCACUGAUUCUCCAAUAAGGAAAACUGCUAGUCAGCGACGGUCUUGGCAGGAUUUAAUUGAGACUCCGUUAACUAGCUCAGGACUUCAUUACCUUCAGACUCUUCCCCUGGAGGACUCCGUGUUCUCUGACCCAAAUGUUGUUUCUCCGGAUCACAGACGACAAUCUACUCUUCCAGCUCAGAAGUGCCACCUGCAAGACCACUAUGGCCCCUUUCCUUUGGUCGAUGGUGGUAGAUUACAUGUGUUUAGUAACAGUGGGGCAAAACCACGUAGUUUUACUCUACCAAGAGAUUCCAGCUUAAGCCAUUGUGCUCCAUUGUCACCAGUGAGUAUUUUGGAACCAACAGAGUCCUCUCCAAAGCAAGACAUACAAGAGGAAGGAUCUUCAGAGGAUCUAGAAAAACCAGAUGAAGCAACAGACAUUGUAGACGAGAAGCAAGCAGACUCAUUACAAGAUCUCUACAGGGCCCUGGAACAGGCCAGUUUGUCCCCUCUUGGAGAACAGCGUCUUUCGACCAAAGUGGAGUACAAGAAGUCUUUUAUAAAAAGAUGUAGUGAUCCAGUAGUCAAUGAAAAACUUCACAGACUGCGAAUUUUGAAAAGCACUUUAAAGGCCAAAGAAGGAGAAGUAGCUAUUAUUAAUAAGAUUCUGGAAAAAACAGAUCUGACAUCUAAAGACUUUCAAGAAUGGAAGCAGCUAUACCUUGAUCUUUAUCAAGACAUCUGUCCAAACAAUAACCUAAAGGACUGUGAAAGUGCUUCUUCGGAAGUAGAUGCCCUCAUCCAGUCUCUAGCACAUUCACAUUCAUAUAUUGAAACGCAUGUAUAAUUGUCUUUAUCCACUGAAACCCCUGAAAAAUUGAUAUUUUCUAUUAAUAUAUGGAAAGUCUAGUAAAAAAAAUAAUCUAUUUUAAUGUUGCUGAUCUAAGUGGAGUAAUUCAUAUAUGGUACCAAUGCCAAUUUCUAUGUUUGGCAUUUGUAUAUUUUCUAUGCUGUCAGUGCUCAGCUAUGUGUUUAUUUUGUGGUUACAAAAAAAUAAAAUGUGUAAAUGUUAACUGAGCUAUAAAUAGGAAGCAAUUUUCUUAGAGCUUCGUAUAUGAACAAAAUUUUGUAAACCUUUAAAUAUCUGGGUGAAAGUACAAGUUUGGCAAAUGACAGAAAAUGAAAAACAUUUUUUACAAUUCCUAAAAUACUGUAACUAAGUCUCAAAAAAAGUAUUUCACGUUGUAGGUAUAUUUUUGAGGACGUAGAGUAGAUUAGAACUCGGAAAACAUGAAGAUAAAGCUUUAUGCGAUCUGGAAAUUGAUUGUUUUAUAAGAUAUGUUACUAACAAUUAUUAGUAUAAGCCAUCUUUUGCUAUUGCUUUUACAUGUCUACGCUCUGGGAAAUCCACAGUCCUGCUAUAUCAACGUCAACCCCACAGCUUAUGAAAUGUACCACAUCGCUAGUAUAUAUUAUACAGUGCCAUAAGUAUAUUAAAACUCCCAAAAACUACCUCCCUGAAUAUUUUCAAUUGCACCAAAGUGUGAUCGUCACUGAUAAAUCAUGUCAUAGUAGAGCUAUACAUAUAAAUAAAUCAU